AUGGAGCAUAAACAAUCUAGUAUCAUCACGUUUGAGAAAUUCACUUGGAAGGUUGAGAACUUCUCUUUCUUGGAAGCUGAGGUUUAUUCUGAGUCUUUCGUCCGCUGCGGGUAUCAGUGGAGGAUAAGUCUGUUUCCAAGAGGGAACAAACUCAUCAAAGAAGAUGACAACUUAUCAAUUUAUUUGGAGGCUUUGCAAACUUCCAAUAUGUCUGAGGGAUGGAACAGAGAUGUCAUAUUUAGGUUAUCUGUAUUCAAUCAACUCAAUACCAACAUGACUAUCACUAAAGAAUCUAGCAACGAGUUCAAUGCAAGUGAGGAUUCAUUGGGUUUCGAAUCAUUCAUGACAUUUGCUGAGCUUCAUGACCCAAAAAGAGGGUUUAUUGUGAAUGAUGCUUGUAUUGUUGGUGGAGAAGUUUUUGUUUCUAAUUCAAUACAUGAGAAACCAAUUAAUCAAACAGCUAACUUAACUUCUUCCCUAACAUUUGGAAGUCUAAUGACUCUACUUGGGUUUAGAGAAUUUGAAGUUCCAACUCCAAAGCAAGAAGAAUGUCAAGGCGAAAAUCUAAGCGAGCUUAUGGAUUUCAAGGGUUUAGGACAAAUAGAAAAAGCUUUUGUUCCGUUGCUAGAGGAAGUAUGUUCUCAGAAACCUUCACUUAUUGUGUGUCAACAGAAUAGAAGUAGCAAGUGUAGAGAAUGGGCUUUCACUGCUUUGGGUAGAGUUCUUUAUUUCCUUAAGACUAGAAAGGUGAAAGAUAUGAAUGACUUAGCCUGUAAGGACCUUCAAAUAUUCUGGGAGGAACUUGAACUAUUUAGUUUUGAUUUGACAUGGCUAAAGCCCCAUGUUCAAUCAGCCUUAGGAAUGAAAAGAUAUUUGGAGGAGUUGGAGGAGGUCGAAAAGUUAAAGAUUAAUGUGGCAUCUCUAGAGUUGGAAAUGCAGAUGCUUAAGUCAAAGAUAGCUACAGUAGAGGAAAAUCUUGAUGCUGCAAGAAGCUUGUUGAAAGCAAAAGAUCUUGAAGAGAUAUUAGUUCCGCUCCGUUGUAAAAUAUCCAAACAGUGGAAUGGAGUUUAUGUUCCGUUCCAUUCCAUUCCGUUCCGCUCCAUUCCGCUCUGUUCCGCUCCGCUCCGUUAG